UUUAAGUUGAAGUGUUCGCACAUACUGCACUAUAAUGAAGAAUAUUUCUGGGAAAGGCAUAAAACCACGUCUUUUAUGUAAAUAAAGAUUACGAUUUUUACUGACCAAGUUUCCAAUAUACUAUUGUAAUAUUAGUGAAAUGCAUUUUAAACCCUGACGUUAUAAAUAAUUUUGUUUUGACUAUUAAAUAUUAAUGUAAAAGGGCAUGUAAAGCUCUAUAAAGGCUGUAUGAUUAACUUAGAAGGAUUCGUUUUCUUUUUCCUCCGAAUAAUUGAAAGUUGAUAUCGACCUCUGAAAAUGUACUGAGAUGACAGAAGAACAACACGAGUAUAAUGAAACCUCUAUUGCAAAUUACUAUACAGUAUCACUUCCUGAAGUAGAGGAAGAUAGCUAUGAUUGUCAAGAGUGUGGCAAACAUUUUUCUCAAAAUAAAGAUUUUGAAAUUCAUUCAUGUACUCACAUGAAUGAAAGACCUCAUGUUUGUGAAAUAUGUGGUAGAAGAUAUUCCACAAGAGAUACUUUAAAAACGCAUAUGAUUUUACACAAAGGUAUUACUCCUUUUGUUUGUGAAGUGUGUGGCAAAAAAUUUGCUCUAAAGAGAUAUUUAAGGAUUCAUUUACUAAGGCAUGCAGGUACAAAUGACUGUUCCGGAGCAAAAAGUGUUUUAAAAAAUGGAAAUGAAGAGAGACAUUUUUGUGAAGUAUGUGGGAAAAGUUUUUCUUGUAGAAGAAAUUUGAAACGGCAUAUAUAUCGUAUACACACAAAAGAAAAGCCCUUCGUAUGUGAAGUAUGUAACAAAGGUUUUCAUGAAAAUUAUGUUUUAAAACGACAUAUGUUCUGUCAUACAAAUGAAAAGCCAUAUAAGUGCAAUGUAUGUGACAAAAAGUAUACUACUUAUGGUUUACUAAAAGCACAUUUAAUUAUUCAUACAAAUGAAAAACCAUUUGUAUGUGAAGUGUGUGAGCAAGCAUAUUCUCGGAAAGACAGUUUAAAAUACCAUUCAUUGACGCAUAACUCUGAAAGGCCAUAUAUAUGUGAAAUUUGUGGCAAAAAUUUUUCUCAUCCUCAAAAUUUAAAAUCUUAUUUACGCAUGCAUGCAAAGAAGCAUGUGUGUGAAAUAUGUAGUGCAGAGUUCUGUCUGAAAAAGCAUUUUAAAUUGCAUUUACUUACCCAUUUAAAUGAGAAAUCUUAUAAAUGUGAGAAGUGUGAUAAGGCAUUUAAAACUAAUAAUAGUUUAAAGCAACAUGUACGUAUUCAUUGGGAUAAAAAGCAGUAUGUAUGUGAAAUAUGUGGUAAAGGAUAUCACCGCAAGAGUUAUCUUAAAGAACAUUCUUUGUCCCAUGCAAAAAAUAAACCUUUCGUAUGUGGUAUCUGUGAUAAAAGAUUCCACACAAUUCCUAUUUUAAGGAGUCAUAUGCGUACUCAUGCAGAAGAAAAAUCCAUUAUAUGUAAAAUAUGUGGCAAAGGAUUUUCCCAGCCUGGUUCCUUAAGAGUUCACAUGGGGACUCAUACAAAUGAAAAACCAUAUGUAUGUACAUUCUGUGACAAAGGAUUUAAACAAAUGUGCAGUUUAAAAAGACAUUUUCUUACUCAUACAAAGGAAAAGCCCUUUGGAUGUGAUGUAUGUAAUAAAGGGUUUCAGGAAAAAAGUGCCUUAAGGAUACAUUCAUUAACACAUACAAAAGAGAACCCACAUGUAUGUGAAAUAUGUGGUAAAGGAUUUGCUAUAAAAUAUCGAUUAAAUACACAUUUACGUACGCAUACAAAGGAAAAGCCAUAUGUUUGUCAUGAAUGUGGCAAGGCAUAUAAUUACAGUCAAAGUUUAAAAAACCAUAUACGUCUUCAUAAGGAUAGGAAUGCAUUUGCAUGUAAAAUAUGCAGUAAAAAUUUGUCCAGACCUGAUAUAUUAGCUCGACAUAUAAGACUGCAUAUAAAGGAAAAAUCUGAAGCAUGAUCCAAACUUUUCUUAUUUUAUUUAAUCAUAAUUUAUAUUUAUUAUUCUAAAAAAUGGAUGUUGAAUGUAAUUGGAUAUUUCUUUCUUCCCCCCCCCUUCUAUCUCUGCAUGUAACUGAAAUAAUUUUUAUUCAUAGGAACUCAAAAUAUAUUUUAAAUAUGUGAAAUACUAUGGAUAUAUACCUGUGAUGCAAGAUAUCUCUAAAUUUUGCUUAUGUACGAAUGCUGGCAGCUAACAAACGUUUCAAAAUGUGGUUUUUGUGCCAACACUUGUGGUGAGCUAAUGUUAAAAUAGAUUUUGUUUUGAUAUGUUUGUUAUGUUAAAAAUAAAAACUGCCAAAUUUUUCUUAUAAUCCACUAAUGGAAUAGCACCAACAUUAAGGUUUGAUAAAGGUUAUUUAAAGUUAAAAUUUUUGAGAAUACAUUUCGAAUUUGAGAUUAAUACUUAUCUAAAAUAUCAGCUAAGCUAAAAAUAAACAUUUUUUUCCAUGAAUGGUUAUAUAUAUUCCAAUAUCGAGUUCAGCAAACAUUCUUUAGUAUUUACUUAUCAAUCUGAUGAGGUUCUUUGUCCCGAAUCCUUUAAGAAAUAGGGAAGAAUUCUCACAUACAUUUCUAAUUGGUUACCAAUAAAAUCUUAUUGUUUGAUAAUAGCUAUCCACUUUCAAGGAGAACAGCAUUGUUAGGAAAAUGUCCCAAGCAGGAAUAAGUCAAACCAUAUCAACAGAAUGGUACGUAAAUUUCUAGCAAUAAUUUUUUAAAAUUAUUUAUAAUGAUGAUGCAACUACUUAUUCAGUAUUAUCAUACAUAUAAAAGUUGAGUUACAAUGAGCUGUUAAUACUGUACCUAUUUCUUGAGAUAACAAUAUGAUUAAUUAUAGUCCUUAUUUCAAAUUAGCCAUUUCAU